AUGUCGUACAAUUGUGAACUUUGCAAUUACUUGAAUAUAGCUACUUUAAUAUGCACAUCAGAUAAUGAAAAAUUUUGCGAAAACUGCAUUGAAAUUCAUUUGAGAUCGAGCAAUGCUGAGGAGCACAAGUUUCAGUCUAUUGAGCUAUAUCAAGAAGAAAAAAUCAAAGAAGAGCAGCGAAACUUGGAAAAUUCACAAAAGAUAUCUGAAGCAUUAAGACUAAAGAUUGCUAAGGAAAAUGAGUCCAUUGAUAAAUAUACUGAAGAUAUUUACAAUUUAUUGCAAAGUAAAAGAGAAAUAUUGCAUCGUAUAAUUGAUGACAUAAUCGAAGAUCAGAUUGAUGUCUGCUAUGAUGUGAGAGAUAAAGCUAAGAUGGAAAUGAAUUUAUUGCUAAGGGAACUAUCAUCAGACUAUUCUCAUAAUCCAGAGCUUUCUAGUUUAGUUAAUCGAUUUCAGUCAAUUGAGGAUACCAACAACUUGACUUUCUUAGAAAUCAGAAAUCCAACACAUACCGAGCAUUUAUCUAAAGCCCUAAAGCAAGAGCUUAAUUAUACUUUACAGUAUUAUCCUUAUGGAAAGCCUAUACCUUUAGUACAUUUCAAGCCAGUAUCUCACGAGUUACUUAUUUAUAGCGGAAUUUCCAAUACUUUCAGCAAAAUAGAAAUUCCAUCACAAACAUUCAAAGACUAUCCAGCCUAUUGCACAUUGCCUGAUAACACAAUACUGUACUCUGGAGGGUGAAAAAAUAAUGCAUCUAGCUCUGAAGUAAUUUUAAUAGACCCUAAAUUUAAAGAAGUUGAGCUGAAACCAUCAUUAAAAACACCUAGGCAUCAGCACUCAAUGAUUUUUCAUAACGGUAUUGCUUAUGUUUUUGGCGGGGCAACAGCUACUGGUAUAACAAAUUCAUCAGAAAAAUGGGCUUUUGGAGAAAAUCAGUGGAAAUCUAAUGGAUUUAUGAAUAAACCGAAGGCUCAAAUGGGGAUUUGUGUGUUAAAUGAAAUUAUUUAUAUUUCUGGAGAAAAUGAUAUAGAGAGCUUUAAUACAGAAGCAAAUGAAUAUAGAGUUCUCCCUAUUAUAUUGGAGGGGAAGCUGCUUUCUGUACUUAUACCGAGACAAAACUCAUUCUUGAUGUUUAGAGGAGGAGAAUUAAGGGAAAUAGAAGUUUCUCCUAGACUGAUUGAUUUUGUGGUGUCUCCUAUUAAAAGGACUGAAUGGUGGUGUCCUACUCAACCAAUUUGGCUAGGCAGCCAAAUUUUUAUAUUCACAGAUUACAGCAAAACUAUAUAUUGCUAUGACAUGAGAGAGAAAGCACUUUAUCUUGCUAAUAGCUUUAGACAGUAA